GUCACAUCGAAGACGUUGUUACGCGGUUUGCAUAGAGCGCGAAAAAUUAAUAUAAAGACCGUAAAUAUCAUAUACCCAGCGACGUGCAAAAUAUCAUUUAUUAAUUGCGAUCGUUCAAGCACGGCUGAUCGAAAAUAAUGCUAUCGGCGCGGGAGCAGUUUUUCAACGAUGGCGGCACCGCCGGCAUCGGACUGGGCAUUGAGAUUGGCGAGAGCAGCACAUCAAAGGCGGGACGCGGUGUCUAUAAUGCCACCACAGUGCCCAUGACGAGCGCCAACAGCUGGCGGAACGGACAGACCAGCAGCACGCCCACUGCCGCUCCAGUUGUGGCCGCCGCCAAGCCGCAGGCGGCGUUGGAGCCAGUGGCCGAGGCUGAGGGCGAGGAGGACGUACAUUUUAAUACGGACGCGUUGUCCAAUUUGCCGGCACGCGAGCCCGUGGACAUUGAGUUCAAGGAGCUGUCGCUGACCGUCAAAUUGGGCUUCAAUCGAGGUGAAAAGGAGAUCUUGCAUAAUGUGUGCGGCAAGUUUCCGGGAAGCCAGCUGAUUGCCAUAAUGGGACCAUCUGGAGCUGGCAAAUCCACAUUGCUCGACGCUUUAUCCGGCUUCAAGACGACAGGCGUGGAUGGCUCCAUACGACUCAAUGGACGACGACGCGAUUUGCCCUCAUUUCGACGCAUGUCCUGCUACAUCACACAGGAUGAUCGACUGCAACCUUUGCUGACGGUUAGCGAGAACAUGCACAUAGCCGCCGACCUCAAGUUGGGUGAGAAUGUCAGCUACGAAGAGAAGGAAAGCAGAAUUGAAGAUAUUCUGUUGCUGCUCGGUCUUUAUGAUCACGACCAGACGCUGACCAUGCGCCUGUCCGGUGGUCAGAAGAAGAGGCUAUCCAUUGCAAUGGAGUUGAUUAAUAAUCCCACUGUGAUGUUUCUGGACGAGCCGACGACCGGCUUGGACAGCAGUUCCUGCACCAAAGUCUUGGAGUUGUUAAAGCGACUGACAACCCAGGGUCGCACCAUCAUUUGUACCAUACAUCAGCCCACUGCCAAGUUAUUCCAAAUAUUCGAUCAGGUAUAUGUGCUCUCCGCGGGCAACUGCGUCUACCAAGGCGGCACCCAGAAGCUGGUGCCAUUCCUGCAAUCGGUGGACCUGCCAUGCCCCAUGUACCACAAUCCAGCUGAUUACAUUAUUGAGCUGGCCUGCGGCGAGUACGGCUUCGACAAGAUCGAUACGCUCAAGAGUGCCACGGAGAACGGCAGCUGUCUGACCUGGUUCAACAAUCCGGGCGCCGUGCUGCGCUCCGAGGCGCUCAUCCACAAGUAUCCCAUACCCAAGCGCUCCAAAAAUGUUUCCCUCGAGAACACCAGCUUUACGAAUCAGUGCUCUGUGCUGCUGCGACGCGGUUAUAUCAAGGCACGUCGAGAUACGACAAUGACACAUCUUCGCAUUGGAGUCAACAUCGCUGUGGCCGUACUCUACGGCGCCAUGUACGAUCGUGCGGGCAGAGAGGGCUCACGAGUUUUGGACAACUACAAUCUACUGUUUGCCAUAUUGAUGCAUCAUUCGAUGACCACCAUGAUGUUGACGGUCCUGACAUUUCCCAUUGAGAUGACGAUUUUAAUCAAGGAGCACUUUAAUCGCUGGUACUCACUCAAGGCGUACUACUUUGCCAUGACGCUUGUUGACCUGCCUAUAACGUUUGUCAGUACUUUCCUGUUUUCGGUGAUUAUUUAUUUGUGGAGCUAUCAGCCCUUGGAAUGGGUACGCUUCUGGAUGUUCUUCUCUAUCAGUUUGUUAAUUGUGUUUGUGGGCCAAAGCAUUGGCCUUAUGAUUGGAGCCUGGUUCGAUGUGGUCAAUGGCACUUUCCUGGCUCCAGUGCUGACUAUACCCAUGAUGAUGUUUGCCGGCUUUGGCGUCACACUGCGCGAUCUGCCCAGUUACCUAAAGUGGGGCAGUAACAUAUCCCAUUUGCGCUAUGGCCUUGAGGGCUUCAUAGCUGCCAUCUAUGGACUGGACCGUGGCGUUCUGGAGUGCAACGAGGCGCCCUACUGCCACUAUAGAUAUCCAAAGAAGUUUCUGGAGGAGAUUACUAUGUCUGGCGAUAAGUUCUGGACAGAUAUAAUAGCACUGUGCGCUAUGAUGUUUCUUUUCCGGCUGGGUGCCUAUAUUGUGCUUAAAGCAAAGAUCAAGUCGAUCAGAUGA